CGCUAUUUCUGUUGUUCUUGCAUGGGCAUUACCGCAAGCCUGGGAGAUCCGAACAUGUGGUAGACCGACAGAUUCCAGGUGUGGAGAACAAGUUUUUAGCCCCGUUGUGUGGAAAUAACCGGGUGAGAGAUGGUGUGAUCGAGCGCUCGUCUUCAGAUCUCUCUCCAAACAUACAGACGUUCACUGAAGAGUUUCAUGGAGAUCCGGUCGGAUGACAGCUGGAACUGUGGUUAUAACCGGAGGAAUUCUCGCGACGGUGAUACUCCUGUGUAUCAUUGUCGUGCUCUGUUACUGUCGACUUCAGUAUUAUUGCUGUAAGAAGAAUGGAUCCGAUCCAGAUGCUGUUUGCUCACAACCCCAGUUUGCCUGCAACGCAUGCAGCACAACUAGGUUGGACGGGGUCGCCUCUAACCCGCUCUCCCUGUCGCCGGAGCCCACGCCACCGCAGAGCUUCUGCCCCACCUGCUCCCCAUACAGCUCUCCAUUUUACAUCAGCACCAUGGACGAAAUGCGGAACGGGGCCGAACGGAUCACUUACAUGCCGUCCCACUAUGACAGCCCGUGCCUGUCUCUCACCCUUCCCUCUUUGCACAGCGCAUCGCUGAGCUCUCGAAGCCGUCCGGACCUCUACUCCAACACACGUGCCAUAAGCACUGAUGUCUGAUCAGUGACGUCCACCGAAAUCACCCCUAAUGUUUCUUCUGUGUACAAAACAGAGUGAAUG